AUGCUUGUGAUCGCUUUCUCAAUCUCGGCCUUGUUUCACGAAAGCGAGGCUCUUGCUCAGUCACAGCCACCAGAACGCGAGGUUGGCCUUGUGGGAGAUGAUGCCUCGGGCGAGGGGAGCGACUCGAACGCUGGACGCCAGAGCGACGAAGGCUCCGCCGUGACGCCGAAGUCACCGGUGACGUCCCCGUCGUUUCCGUCUCCAGCACCGGCAGCCUUGCCACUGGCCUCAUGCGUUCGGUACUGCGACCGCAACACAUUCCCGUGGCACAACAAAUACCAGACAGCAAACGAGCGCGACGCGCUAUGCUACUCGGCGUACUACUUCCUGGGAGACGUGAGUUGCAUCGGCGCUUGGCCGACGCCAUGGAGCAUGAACGCGAUCGACAGCGACAACCAUCUUCCAGAGUGUCGCCAGCGCUGCGAUGCAAGCGCGCGCUGCAUCGGACUCAUGGUCGUCAAGUCCCUCGCCAGAGACGGCGCGAUCUGGUUCACUUGCUCUGCGGUAACUUCUUACCAGACAGCAAACGAGCGCGACGCGCUAUGCUACUCGGCGUACUACUUCCUGGGAGACGUGAGUUGCAUCGGCGCUUGGCCGACGCCAUGGAGCAUGAACGCGAUCGACAGCGACAACCAUCUUCCAGAGUGUCGCCAGCGCUGCGAUGCAAGCGCGCGCUGCAUCGGACUCAUGGUCGUCAAGUCCCUCGCCAGAGACGGCGCGAUCUGGUUCACUUGCUCUGCGGUAACUUCUUACCAGACAGCAAACGAGCGCGACGCGCUAUGCUACUCGGCGUACUACUUCCUGGGAGACGUGAGUUGCAUCGGCGCUUGGCCGACGCCAUGGAGCAUGAACGCGAUCGACAGCGACAACCAUCUUCCAGAGUGUCGCCGGCGCUGCGAUGCAAGCGCGCGCUGCAUCGGACUCAUGGUCGUCAAGUCCCUCGCCAGAGACGGCGCGAUCUGGUUGCUGCUAACGCUUAGUCAACUCAGCAACCAGAGCGUGCCCUGCAGCGAAAGGGUGCUGGCACGCAGCUAUGACGGGCAUGAGUGGGAGAGCGUGCGAGCUGCUGGCUUGAGGACAAAACUGUUGCAGAUCAACUGCAGCAGCUCCUUGACUUGCGCAGUAGCUCUUGAAGGCACUUCGUGCUCAUACCAAGUUGAUGCUACCUCGCUCAGCCAAGUGAGCGCUGAAAGGAUGAUCUCGCGGCUCCUGACGCAGGCAACCUUUGGACCGUCUCGGUCUGACAUCCACCGUUUCGUGUUAGCGCACGGCACUGAUCCCAUAGCUGGGCCAGCCUCAUGGGCACAGUGUUUGGGCCAUGUGACCCCGGAGACGGCGACAGCGGUUGUGGACGAGCUCGCGCUGUUGCUCACCGACGGCCGGCUGGGUGCUGUGAGCCGGCGAGUGAUCGCUGAAGCGUAUGGAGAGGCGCUACUAGCUGCCUCGCCAGGCCAAGAUCCUGACGACAGCAGGCAGCAGUGGCGAGAUCGAUCAAGAAUGCGGGAGCAGUACAGCACCACCCCUGCGCAAGAGGCGCUUAGAGUGGCCCAGAAGCUCAUCAUCGCAGCGCCUGAAUUUCACUUCACCGGGCUUGAUAUUGAGCGGGGCCCACGCCACAGCGUGGCCACGCUGGCCGCACCGGGCGGCCAGCCAUUCAAGGCGAUUGUGGUGCUCUACAUGAACGGUGGGCUCGACUCGUGGAAUGCUCUGGUUCCCAGCUCGUGCUAUCGCGAUCUCUAUUCAGAGUACCAACGGCGGCGGGGAAAGGUCGCCCUGAACAAGUCAAACCUUCUUCGCCUUCCUGCCGACAUGGCGGAACAGCCGUGCGACUUUUUUGGGCUGCACCCACGGCUAACGGCACUCCAGCGGGCCUAUAUUGCCGGGGAUGCGCUCGCGAUAGCCAACAUUGGCGCAUUGGUCGAGCCCACCACCAAGGAGCAGUACUUUGCGCUCGGAGCCGUGCAGCUGCCCCUGCACCUCUUCGCUCACAACAUCCAACUGCGUUGCGCGCAAAACCUGCAUGCGCAGUCGAUCCGGGCUAAGGGGAUUCUCGGUCGCACCAUGGCGGCGCUCGACAAGCAGGAGCGUCGGCAUCGGUCGCGUCUCUUCAGCACGAGCGGCAGCGCCAAGAUGCUUGAAGGCGCGCCGUACGAGCCCGACUUUCUCAGCAAGGAGUCUGGCGUGGUUCGAUUUCGCGAGUUGGGAGAGUUGGGCGCCAAGAUUAGCAACAUCACCUCGCCCGUCUCCGGAUCAGUCUUUGCGGAAACGUAUAAACGAGCUCUAGAGCAGGCUCUACGCUCAACAGAGGAGCUCGGCGCUGCUUUAGACUCACAGACGCUCUCGACUGCGUUUGCCGACGACCCCAUUUCGAUGCAGCUGGCGCAGGUUGCGAAGGUGCUCAAGCUGCAGCCGCAGCUGCAGCUAGAGCGCGCGGCAUUCUUCACCGAGCACUUUGGCUUUGACACGCAUACCGAUGCGGUCGAGAUUGUGGAUCGCAAGCUGGGGGAGGUCAACGCCGCCCUCGCGAGCUUCGAGCUCGAGCUCAAGGCGCAGGGCCGGUGGGAGGGCGUCACCGUCGUCACCGUUUCCGACUUUGGCAGGACCCUCAGCAGCAACGGGCAGGGGACGGACCAUGGGUGGGGAGGCAACACGUUUGUGAUGGGCGGGGCGGUCAAGGGUCGCCGCAUUCUCGGCAGCUACCCGUCAGACAUCAGCGAAGGUAGUGACCUGGACCUGGGUCGCGGUCGCAUGCUGCCAACUACUUCAUGGGAGGCUUUAUGGAACGGUGUGCUCGAGUGGUUUGGCGUGGAGGCGAGCCAGAUGGACGCUGUCCUGCCCAACCGCAAAAAUUUUGCACCAUCACAGCUCUUCAACGUGUCUCAGAUGUUUGAGAGAUGA